UCUGAAAGCGUCCGCCCGAAGGGGAGGCAGGAAAAGGACACACCAGCACAUGUCUAGGGUUUCUGCCAUCUUCAUCUACCGCCUCGCCCCGGCUUCCUUAUUUUAAGCGGGCGGCCCCCCAGCCUGGCUCCUGUCUCGCUUCACCUGCUCGGCCCCACUGACGGGGCUGCGGGAGAGGAGAAGCGGGGCUUUUAGUUGCCAGAAACAACGAAUAAAUUAACAAAAACAAAAACAAUCCUAAAACCUCCCAAACCCCGCAAGGCCACGGCCCAGGUGCGGAGCUACGGGGCUGGAUGGAGGCGCCUCGCCCAGCCCCGAGGACGAUGCAAGCCCAGGCGACUCUGAAGGCAGAUCCAGAAGAACUUUUUACAAAACUGGAGAAAAUUGGUAAGGGCUCUUUUGGUGAAGUUUUCAAAGGAAUUGACAAUCGGACUCAGAAAGUGGUUGCUAUAAAAAUUAUUGAUCUGGAAGAAGCAGAAGACGAAAUAGAAGACAUCCAACAAGAGAUCACAGUGCUGAGUCAAUGUGACAGUUCAUAUGUAACUAAAUAUUACGGAUCCUAUUUAAAGGAUACAAAGUUAUGGAUAAUAAUGGAAUAUCUGGGUGGAGGCUCUGCUCUUGAUCUAUUAGAACCUGGCUCCCUUGAUGAAACCCAGAUUGCCACAAUACUGAGAGAGAUACUCAAAGGACUUGAUUACUUACAUUCAGAAAAGAAAAUCCACAGAGAUAUUAAAGCGGCUAAUGUAUUGCUCUCUGAACAAGGAGAGGUAAAACUGGCAGAUUUUGGAGUAGCAGGACAACUAACAGAUACACAAAUAAAGAGGAAUACCUUUGUGGGAACACCAUUUUGGAUGGCACCUGAAGUCAUAAAGCAAUCUGCAUAUGAUUCAAAGGCAGAUAUCUGGUCAUUAGGCAUAACAGCUAUAGAACUUGCGAAAGGAGAACCACCUCAUUCAGAAUUACAUCCAAUGAAGGUUUUGUUCCUCAUUCCUAAGAACAAUCCACCAACGUUGGAAGGAAACUUCAGUAAAUCCCUCAAAGAAUUUGUAGAGGCCUGCUUGAACAAGGACCCAAGCUUUAGACCUACUGCAAAGGAACUCUUAAAACACAAAUUUAUUUUACGAAAUGCAAAGAAAACUUCCUACCUGACUGAGCUUAUUGAUAGGCACAAGAGGUGGAAAUCUGAACAAAGUCACGAUGACUCCAGCUCUGAUGACUCAGAUACUGAGCCAGAUGGCCAGGCUUCAGGUGGGAGUGAUUCAGGAGAGUGGAUCUUUACAAUAAGAGAAAAGGACCCCAAGAAUCUAGAGAAUGGAGCAGCCCAGCCUUUGGAGUUUCAAAGAAAUAAGGAAAAGGACAUCCCAAAGAGGCCUCUAUCCCAAUGCCUGUCUACAGUUAUAUCGCCUUUAUUCGCAGAGUUGAAAGAGAAAAGUGAAGUGUGUGGUGGUAACACAGAUUCCAUAGAAGAACUGAGAAAGGCGAUUUAUUUAGCUGAAGAGGCUUCUCCAGGCAUUGCAGAUAACAUGGUGUCACACCUUGUGCAGAGGCUUCAGAGAUACUCACUAGCUGGAGGAAGUACUUCAGCCUACUGAAGUACUCUUUCUGACUUUUCUAAGACAACGGAGAUCCAAUGGUGUCUGCAGUGAAGAAGCGCAUCCUGAAGUCGUUCUCCCCUCAGUCACCAGAAUGUCCUUUGGUGGAAGGAUGUUCCUAAACGUGCAAGAGUGAAAAUGAAGUCUCUCAGAUGGAGGCAGUCUUUUUCAGCUCCUUAAAGCUAUAGUUUUUUUAAUGACAAUGCACAUAUUCCAGGGAGGUGUCUUUUUGUAAAAUUUGCAAUGUAUAUUUAGGUUUGUGAUAGAGAAAUUGAAGAUAUUGAGAAACCUCAGGUAUCUUGCUUUAAGAAUUCCACUGGGAGAUGGAGUAUGUUUGUUGGAAUUGUGUACAGAUAUGUAUAUAAUGUCUUUUUUUUAAAUGAGAGCCUUUCAACGUGCAUAAGGAAUCACUGUGUACAAAAUGGUAAAGUGCUUCUGUAGAUACUGUUAGUGGGGUAAAUAUUUGACAGGCCAUAACUGAGUAUUGCCUUGCCUUUAUUACAUGUAAAUCUUGAAUUACGUGAUAAGUGAAUCUUGGAUUGAUUUUUUUUUUGUAUGUGAAGGAUUUGCCAUUGAAAGAUAGUUAAUCCUGUACAAUGGAACCUUCUAUUCGUACCUCAGCAAAGACACAAUUUUAUUCUGUUUCUCCAGUACUUCUUCCUUUUUAUCUAUAUUCAGAGUGUGACUUUCUGAUUAUGGUACUACUUCUGGUUGUUUUAAAUUGAACACACCUUGUCUCUCAAAGCUUUAAAUUUAAAUUAUUGUUUUUUCCUAUAGAAUGAGCUCUUUCAUGUCUUCAGUUUUAAAUUGUGCCAAUGAAAAUUCUGAACCAUAUGUAUUGUUCAAUUUUAGUAAUAGAUACUUGUGAAGCUUGUAGUGAAAUUCAGAUACAAUCUCUUUUCCACCUAAACACAUUCGAAUGCUCACGCAAUUUUUUUUUGCAUUUAUUCUGAAAUAACUCAUUAAGAUGUUGGCUCUAAGACAGUGGCAAAUGUCUCUUCAUUAUGCCUAUUUUUGUCAUUAAAAUUAAUGUCUUGCAGCGUAAAAGAAAAAUUAUCCAUGUAUUCAGUGUUUCAUCUUGCUGCCUAAAUCUGUGCAUCCUUUUACUGAAAGUGAUAGAAAUUAGACAGAAGGACUGCAAAACUGAGCCAAGGGUGUUGUAUGCUAUGUCCUAUUACUAACCCUAGGGGAAAAAAAAGAAAUUUUUUGAAUUCUAAAAUUCCAAGUAUUCCUGUGACAGCUCCUGGAUAGCUGACUUAAGCUUUAAAAUUUCCUUGGAAAUAGUAACAUUAUUCACACAAUUGAUUAGGUGUCGUCUUUUUUUUUUUAACCCUCCCCGAUAAUACUACUUCAAGGUUUACCUUGGCUUGUUUUACGUUUCACCAAGGCUGUGUGCAGGCGCUUAUUCUUCUGGUACCUAAGAGACCAUUUUUUCAUUUAAUGGAAAAAAAAUGAUGAUUUUAGGUUUUAGACAGUGAGGUACCUUAUCUGUUUAAGUGUGUUUUUAAAAAUAAAGAUAUGAGAUUUUGAACAAAAGAUUAAAAUAAGCAUAGGCAUGUCUACCUACCUGGCUUUGUACAAGGAGACUCCAUCUCUCUAAUCGUUCUGGAAGCUGGUGAGGUUGUCGUGCAGGACUUCGCAGCACCAUGCUAGCCAUUAUUAUAUGCAUAUUUGUAGCCUUAAUUAUUAAAUAAUUUUAACAGUGAUAAAGACGCUGUUAUGCUAACAGAGCUGUGAAACUCUGAGCAGGCUAAAAAAGUAGUUCAAAGAAAUGGGUAUUUAAUUCUUGUAGCCAUAUUCUUAGACACAACGCAUUUGCCAGUGUGGUUUUUUGUUACGGUUAAGUGAAUUUCAGAUAAAUUGAACAAUGCAUACAUUCGAGCAAUGUUCUGUAACUCCUCUUUGAUCGGUAUCGUUAAACAUGUUGUUUUCUGUGCUCUUAAACUUGAAGGCUAGGCUUACCCUCGAGGAAACGAAGUCAGCUCUGCUGCUGUGAGACGUGCAGCUGAAUACCGUGCAGUGGGAAAUUCACCUUUUGACAUCUCUAUGUCAGAACAGUCAGACAUUCGAUAAAUACGUGCUGUUAUAGCAUACGGAAA